AUGACACAUUUUUUGGUUGUGGCAGCCACCGUGUGCUGUAUUUUGACUUUUCGAGCAUCAGCACAGAUAGGAGUUCCAAACAAUUACAUCUGCACCGAGGAUUUUUGUGACUCCUACCGUGAAAACUCGGAGUGUGAAACGCUAAAACUUUCCUGCCUGGUACAGAAUUCAACCCAUAAUGGAAUAAUUUUGCCAUCGAUAAGUCCAUGUUCAUGCUGUCAAACUUGCAUUGAAAACUUGAAAUUAGGUGAUGAUUGUUCGGUCGGUGGCUUAGGAUCACCCGUGCCGACGGGAAUCUGCGGCCCGGGACUGUACUGUAUGGUGCUCGAAGGAGAGGAACAUCCCACUUGUCAGCCUAUGCACCAAUCUAGUAAAUGCUAUACAAAACAGAAAAACUUCGAUCAAAAUAGAGAAGAUGGAACUAUCGGAAAUUUAAUGCAGCGACCUGCCUGCGAUGCGGAUGGCAACUUUGAACCAGUUGUUUGUAUACCGGGACAAACCUGUUACUGUGUGGACGAAGAUGGCAAUAGAAUUUUCGGAGAAGCCGUCCAUACCGCUAACAUUCAAAUUUCGAUGAGAUGUGAGUGUGCUCGUCUUGCAGCCAAAGCCCAGAAGUUGCUGAAUUCACGUUACCCAAUCCUAACGUCGCGUUGUGAUUCGAAAGGAUCCUUCGAUCAGCUCCAGUGCGUUGACGACAUCUGCACCUGCGUGGAUAUGCACAGCGGGGAACCUACGUCCGAUAGAAAAAAUAUAACCCGAGGACUGGCUGGAUUACCAUGCUUUAGCAAACGGCUACAUGAUAACACCACCUAUCUUCGAGAAUGUGAGUUGAUGAAGUUGUCACAACUGCAGCAGAUUCAUCAGUAUGAGCAAUUGGGAUUCAACGUGCUGGAGUUCGAUGCGGAUAUUUGUCAACCAGAUGGAUGGUACAAUAGAAUCCAGAUGAAUGAUACCCACAAAUUCUGUUCAAAUAAGGAUGGAACAGUUAUAGAACCGUUUGUCGUCGAUAAGGGCUCAGCGGAAGCUGCCAGUAUGAAUUGCAAGUGUGCAAGAGCUAAAAAAUUGUUGUUGGAAAACAAUAGCCUAGAGGUUCCGGAUUGUUGCCCCAAUGGGAACUACAGAUCACUGGCAUGUCGCCGGGGACAGUGCUAUUGCGUUGAUGAGGAUGGAAAUCAAAUAAGUGUAGAGAAGCCAGCUAAACACAAAUCUGAGCUGGAUUGCUUUAACAAAGGCUGCGAUAUUUAAUUCGAAGUAGCAGUCGCUGCAAGUUACAUUCAAUGGCGUGAUUGACGGAUGAUAUUUCCAUCUCCUCUUUUGCUUAGUUACCUAUCAUUCAAAUAAAUAGUGGUUACUCUUGCCUUAAAAUACACAAAAUGUUACAUUCUGUCAACUGCCAUCUACAGGGUGCGUGACGAAUUUUCGCAAUGAAUUUCAAAUAGGAAUUUAUCAAGGCUUGUGAAACAAUAUUCAGAUAUAUCUGGCAGCACUGAAUAGCUAAUACUGUUGGGUGUCAGAUAUAAACAAACAGUGUUGAGUACACUGAAAGAUGUUGAAACAAGAAAACAAUCGGUCAGCCGUCGUCGUUUUAUUGCGCGCGGAGCAAGCGUAAAGGAGAUAAUUCGGUCGGUAAAAGUGUACUAUAUAAAUAAGGCUAGGGAAAGUGAUAAGCUAUGCUCACACCUACCCGGAAAGCAUACAAGUUCCGUUUCAUUACCGCGGAACGGAACAUGGUCAAAAAAAUGGAUAGAAUGAUCAAAAAGAAUCCAGCGAUGUCAAUGAAGUCCAUGGCUCGGAAAAUCGGUUGUUCGGACUUCUCAAUCCGCAAAACAACGAAAACAACGCACUGUACCCGAGUGAAGAUUUGUUUCAGUUCAAUCCGUCAACAUCGUUGUAGUAGUGCUAAUUUGCUAACCGAUACACUUUGCUCGAUAAUCGUGGAAAUUUCGCUAACCACUAACCGCAAACUGCAAAUUAACAGUCACUGCUUAUUUUUGAACAUAUCCCUACAACUUGCAUUAUAAUCUA